AGUUCCAAGAAGCAUGUCUUGGCAUACUUUCCCGCUUCUUCAGUAUUCAAUCCGAGCUCUUCUGUCUUUGAUACGAGUUCAGCAGAGGUGGUGUCGGUUUCUCGUUGCGCCCAUUAUGGUUCACUCUCCAUCCCCAUCACACCUCAGAAGCCCACUGAUUGCACUUCUUCAAAGAUCCAAAAACACGUCGCAAAUCCUCCAAAUCCAUGCCCAACUUAUUACGACCGGCUUCAUCUCCGAUUCCUUCACGUUGAGCAAGCUCCUCACUUCCCUGACAUCGUUGAACACGCCCAAUAUGGACUGCGCGCGGUCUGUGUUCGUCCAAAUUCACCUGCAGAGUGUUUUCAUGUACAACGCCAUGAUCAGGGGCUACGUCAGCAGCUCAAACCCAGAAAAAGCAUGGAGCUUUUACGCGGGUAUGAGAAGAAAGGGCGUUGUGGGGGAUCAUUACACGUACCCUUUUGUGUUAAAAGCAUGCGGGAUGAUGAAGGGCUUGGCCGAGGGAAGGCUGGUUCAUGGGGAGUUAGUGAAGAGAGGAAGACUUUGUCACGUGUUCGCAGUGAAUGGAUUGAUUGGUAUGUACGGGAAGUGUGGAGAAAUAGGUUGUGCGAGGAUGGCUUUUGAUGGGGUCGAGGAAAAAGAUUUGGUGUCUUGGAAUCUAUUGUUGGGUGCCUAUGUAGGGUGCGGGAAUACAGAAGAGGCCCAGAAGGUGUUCGAUGAAAUGCCUGAAACGGAUGUGAUUUCUUGGUCUAUGAUGAUAGAUGCUUAUGGUAAGAGAAGUGGUGAUGUUGUGAGGGCUCGACUUUUCUUUGAUAACAUGCCUAUCAGAGAUAUUAUUUCAUGGAAUUCUAUGAUUGCUGGAUAUGUAAAGAUGGGAGAUGUGACGGCUGCUCGUGAGCUAUUUGAUAUGAUGCCACGGAAAAAUGUGAUAUCUUGGAGCAUUCUGCUAGAUGGAUAUGUUUCGCGUGGAAAUCCCCGGGAAGCAUUGAAACUUUUUAAGCAGAUGCUUUUGGAGCAUGUGAAGGUUGACAAGGUUGCAGUGGUUGGAGCACUAUCAGCAUGUGCCCAGCUGGGGGCGCUUGUUCAAGGGAGAUGGAUACAUAUCUAUAUGGAGAGGAAUAGAAUAGACGUUGACAUAGUCGUUCAAGCUGCACUUCUCGAUAUGUACAUGAAAUGUGGGAGAGUCAGUGAGGCCAGCACGACUUUUGAUAGCAUGUCUGAGAGAAAUGCCAUUUGCUAUAGCGUGAUGAUUUUUGGAUAUGGUACUAAUGGCCAUGGAAAGAAAGCUUUGGAAUUAUUCAAGCAGAUGGUUUUGGAAAGAAAUGUACGGAGUGACGAUAUGCUUUUCCUUGCAGUUAUUACGGCAUGCAGUCAUGCAGGUUUUGUCUAUGAAGGUCUCAGUAUCUUUGAACAGAUGAAAGGAGUUUAUGGUAUAGAACCCAAGCUUGAGCACUAUAGCUGUUUGGUCGAUCUCCUUGGUAGGUCCGGUCAAUUAGAUAGUGCCCGAGAAGUCAUAACAUCCAUGCCUAUGAAACCCGAUUGUGCUGCUCUCUGGGGAUCUCUGCUCUUAGCAUGUCGAACUCAUCAAGAUAUAAUGCUCGCAGAAGUUGCAGUCAAGAAGCUUGUGGAGCUAAAAGCUGAUGAUUGUGGGACUUAUAUUCUUUUAUCCAAUAUUUAUGCUGAUAUGGGUUUGCAGGAGGAAUCAUUGAGGGUAUGGAAACUUAUGAAGAACAGAAGUAUGGAUAAGGAAACGGGGAAGAGUUCGGUAGAAGUAAAUGGCAUUAUAAAAGAGUUUGUGAGUGGAGAGAAGUCCUCAGUAGUAGCAGAUGCAUUGGAAUGGAUCAUAUGGAGCUUAUCCAGCAUGCCUUUGCAUGAGGGAUAGACUCGGAAGCCACGGGAUGAGCUCAUUUUUUCUUUUUUUCGCUCUCCUGUCUGGAUAGCAACACGAUUGACAGAGUUUUCCUGAAUCCGAAAUGUUACUCGUGGGUUGAGUUAAAGAAGCUGGCACGGAGAAAACUUGCAUGGCACUUCUUUUAAGGCACUGUAAUACGGUGCAAGCCCAUGAUCGCUAAGGCAAUUCGAAGCUGAACAUGUGUAUUUAUGGUUCUAAAACUCUGUUUUUCUCAGGAGUUAGUGCAAACAAAUGAGGUUUGACACAAGCAGCAUUGAACUAUCAAGUAUAUGCACAGCAACAUGAUGUUGGUGAAGUUUACCCUUCUGCAGCAAGAGAAAGCUUUAGCGGUUGCUGUAAAGUCUUUUUUUCUCAUCAGCAGGUUUGGCCUCGGCAUAUGCUAAUUGGCCUGAUGUAGAUGCCGGAUCUGGUAGUGAAUAACGAGAUGAUGGUGCAUCAAUGGAUGUCAUUAUCUCUUCUGAGUCAAAGGCAUCUUUUUUGUUGGAUAAGGAUCUACAGACGACAGGUAGCUGCGAGCUCGUUACUAUUUAUGUGGGGCUUGUUGCCAUAUAAACACUUGUUGAUCCCCA